AUGAUUCUAAAUAUUCCUAUCAUUGACAAAACUCAACCUGACAUGCUCACAUGGGAUUGCACACAGGAUGGCCAAUAUUCAGUCAAAUCAGGCUAUCAUGCCAUUAUGGAAUGGGGUAACAUCCCUAAUGCUAGUCCAUCAAAUAACUCUCAGCACAUCUGGAAUGUCCUUUGGAAGCUAAAAGUGCCCCCUAAACACAGCCAUCUGCUAUGGAGAGUGCUUCAUAAUGCCUUACCAGUAAAGAACAACUUGUUCAAAAGAGGGGUCAGUGAUGGCCAUUGGUCAACGGGGCUGGUUCUACGGCGGUCGGAUGGAAGCACCGUCGGGGUUGCAACUAGAACUCACAACGGAUCGGCGGACGUUGUUACUGGUGAAGCGAUGGGAUUAAUGGAUGCUAUAGAAUGGAUCGAAAAGCUAGGGGAACAGAGUGUAAUCUUUGAGCUGGACUCCCAAGUCAUUGUUAAAGCGGUUAAGGGACAAAGCAACAUCUUCAAAAGCUGGGGAAAAGUGGUACGACGAUGCAGCCUCUUCCUAAAGGGAAACCCUAGAUCAGAUAUCAAAUGGGUUCAAAGGAAGGCAAAUCAAGCUACCCAUGAAAUGACUAAAUGGGCCGAAAUUGAGCCCAAUAAAGAAUGGACUACCAACAUCCCCUUUUGUAUUUGGUCUGUUAUCCAAAAAGAUAAAGGCAAUAUUCCUUCUUUUCAAGAUGAAUAA